UGGUCGGUGGGUCAGGGGGCGGGGCAGGGGCGGGAAUCCUCGGCCUCGGUGGCGGUCGUGGACACGUCGAGCCCGGCAGAAGUGGAGGGGGCUUCUGAGGAGUCGGGACGGGGUGACAGGUUAAGAUUCUGAGAGGGAGGCGCCAGUGGCUGGACUCGACCUAGGAAGAAUCUUCUGCUGACAUUCAACUUUACCUGGAAAAAUGAAUCAUUCUCAUCAUCACAUGACAACUACAGCCUCACACUCCCAUGGUGGAGGAGACAGCAACAUGAUGAUGAUGCCUAUGACCUUCUACUUUGGCUUUAAAAAUGUGGAACUAUUGUUUUCCGGUUUGGUGAUCAAUACAGCUGGAGAAAUGGCUGGAGCUUUUGUGGCAGUGUUUUUACUAGCAAUGUUCUAUGAAGGACUCAAGAUAGCCCGAGAGAGACUGCUGCGUAAGUCACAAGUCAGCAUUCGCUACAAUUCCAUGCCUGUCCCAGGACCAAAUGGAACCAUCCUUAUGGAGACCCACAAAACUGUUGGGCAGCAGAUGCUGAGCUUUCCACACCUCCUGCAAACCGUGCUGCAUAUCAUCCAGGUGGUCGUCAGCUACUUCCUCAUGCUCAUCUUCAUGACCUACAAUGGCUACCUCUGCAUUGCCGUAGCAGCAGGGGCUGGUACAGGAUACUUUCUCUUCAGCUGGAAGAAGGCAGUGGUAGUGGACAUCACAGAGCAUUGCCAUUAAUGUCAAACUCCAUGGCGUGGCCUUACCGAUUGCAGUGGGAAGCAGUUUGAGACUAGAAGAUGUGAUUCCUGCUCCAAUCAUCCCUUCUCCUGUUUCUUUACAUACACACACACACCCCUGCUCAACAGAGUUUUAGUUUACAGACCCUGAUCUAAAGUACCUCCCAAACUUGUCUCUAAUAAGCUGAGAAUCCCAUUUUUCUUGAGGAAAAGCCACCCAUGAGAUGUCUUUUCCUUCCCCAUUGUCCUAGAUCUAAGUUAUAUGUUCUUAUCUAAUCCAGGUAGCUUUCUGUUCAAUGGCUUGAUCAUCUACUUCCUUUUUUAAUCUUCCAGAUUAUUUUUAACAGAUGAAUUCAGUGGGUUUUUUCUGGGAUAGUAAUGGUGAUGAUUAACUUCAGCCAGGAUUAAUGGCAGCUGAGGGAAAUUCUUGCCCAACUCAACCCAGAACUAAAACUCAACAUUAGAAAAUAAGGUCCUGUCUUUGGACUCAAUGAGUGGGAAAUACAUUGUGCCUUUCUUUGGGUGUGAUGUGUUACACCAAAAUCUUUGUUGUGUGCAGAGGGGUAGUUUGAGAAAAUACAGACCUAGAGCUUGGAGCGUAUGUGUUCUUGGACAGCUGACUCAUCAACUUGUCUUCCUACUUAACAUUUUGAUUAGAAUGAACUUGCCAGUCCAAAAAAAAAA